UGAGCAAGCGUGACGAAGAUCCGCAAAAAGUGCAACUAAAAACAUACAACAUGCAAGUAAAACAUCGUUCGUUUCGCUCGGUCAUUCGUCAGUCGUAGGUCAGUCGUUCAAGUGACUUGGACUAUGGUCGCUCGGUCGAAGUGGACGAUCAUCUUGUCGCGUAAGGCGGCGUAAGGUUCCUCGUACUUUUCGUAUCGUAUAGAUUGAUACGCGGCGACUUUUACACUCGUGAACACGCAAGUAUGGAUGACAAGGAAAAAGGGACGAAAAAUCAGGUGGAAGACGAAGAAUUGAACGAUCUGCUGGAUAAUGCCUUGAAGGAUUUUGACAAAGUGUCCGUGUCGAGUGCCGAGAAACGCGACGCCGCGGCUGCUCGGCAGGAUUCACCGCAGAAGCAAGCGGAUGAACACGUUACGUUUCCAACGUCCGAGGACAACUGGACGGAAGAUUUUCUCAAACAAACGGCGGACCAGUUUGAAAAGAAUCUGCAAAACUUGUUACAAAAUGGCGAUAGUGAACUGGAAGCUGCUUUACAAAAGCUUGGACAAGGAUCAGCCAGCGAUGUAACGGAGGAUACGGAUAACGCGAGUACAGAGUUUCACUCGACCAUCUCGCGAGUCUUGAAGGACUUGACUACAAAUAGCGAGAAUUUACAGAACGACGUAAAUUUAGCUGCUAUGCUUGAACAAACGUCUCUCGAUGGUGAGGCUGGUAAUGUACUACCGUUCAUGCAAGAGAUGAUGAAACAACUUCUGUCAAAGGAUAUUCUUUAUACGCCAGUGAAAGAGUUAUCUGAUAAGUAUCCAGCCUGGCUAGAGGAGCACAAGGCGACUCUGAGUCCCUCCGACUUGCAGAGGUAUACCAAGCAAUCCGAGUUGAUGAAACAGGUGUGUACCGAAUUGGAGAAGGAAAAGGAAGACGACACCGAAGACACGAAAAAACAUCGGUUUGAAACGGUACUGAAACUCAUGACAGAGAUGCAAAAUUACGGCCAAGCACCGGAAGAUCUCGUCGGCGAACAGAACACGCUGUUUCAGUUUGACGCCGAGGGAAAUCCUUUCCCAUUACCUGGAGCAGACUCGCAGCAAGAGUGCUGUAUUAUGUAAAUAAAUAUAUAUGCAUAAACAACCGUUUCCGGAAUACUGUA